AUGCCCCGCAAGGUGGUGCAGGCUGCUAUACCCAAUUUGUACUUUCGGGAUGGGAUACUUUCGAUACCGGGCUAUACGUUCGAGAGGGCGGUUCCGUGGGCCGAUACGGGGUCUAUGACCUUGCUCGUCGAAGGGAGCAGCCUGAAGGAUGGAUCGAACGUGUUAGCGAAGGUCGCGCCCGCGCACUCGAAUGGAUCCAUGUUCAUCGAACGUGAAGCUCACAUCCUCGAGCGCUUAGCGUCGAGUUCGGAGGCGAUGAGCACGGCGCUGAGGAUGAUUGAUUUCUACACUAUACCCCGCGCGCAAGGCGACUGCGUCGUGCUCUUGCUCGUCCACCCCGGUUUGAAUUCGCUUGGACGCUAUUUCCCUCCGUCAAAGGUCAACGACCUCUUGCUUGCUGAUGCGUCGCGCGUACGGCCGUCGUCUUCCCGCCAUGAUAUCUACAUGUUGGGCCUCGAAGAGGCGGAACAGAUCCCCGAAGAAAACGAGGCUUUCGAGAUCAUGGACCUCGCUACGUUUCUCGAACCAAUUGACUCACCCGGCCUCUUCUCUGUUCGCAGAGUCGGCAUCACGCAUCGCGAAGUUCGUGCCAAUGCAUUCCACGUUAACGUUCAUACCGGACUCGUUCGAUUGUGCCACUUCGGCAAUCGAUCUGUAUCGCUCGAGCAGUACGGGGGCCCGUCGGAGCUCGUCAUCCGGUCGGAAGCGAUGGACGAGGCCGAGAAGCUCAAGGUUAAGGAGGCUAUAUGCUAUAUGGCGCCAGAGCAGACCGGGAGCGUCGAGACGACAACUGAGGACAAUAGGACGGACCUAUAUUCCCUGGGUGUUAUGUUUUGGACGUUACUCGUUGGCAGAGGGACACUUCCGUUCGAAGGUCCUCCUGUAGAGCUCCUACACGCUGUCGUGCAGAAGCGCCCGAUGCCUGUCCACGAAGUCCGGAGGGACUUACCUCAAGUCCUCGCUGUCAUCGUUGGCAAAUUACUAGCCAAGUGCCCGGAGCAAAGGUACCAAAGCGCUUGUGGUCUGAAGGAAGACCUGUUGGAGUGUCAGAGAAGGCUGUUGGCUGCGGUAUCUGCCGGCUCGGAGCACCAGCAUGCCGUGGAGUUGAUAGCACCGUUCGAAAUUGCCCAGCGAGAGCGAUACAUCGCUUUUACCCUCCCGACUGCGUUGAUUGGGCGCGAUAAGGAGCUAGAGACACUGCGCAAUGUCAUACGACACAUGGCCACCAGUUACUCCCGCUAUGUGGGAGCCGCGAACCGGACCAUCAACCUCACAUCGCAGGGGUCGAACCACGACAAUGGGACAGGCAGCGGUGGACACGACGACGCGGACUCCAUCUCGUCUCGCAGCGACGCGUCGCAGAACCAUCCGCCGUCCUCCGCCGCAGAUGUCACGUCGGCGGUGAUAACCGCCAGGAAGUCGCCCUCGCCGUCUAGGGAUAUGGUCAGCAAUCCCGCGACGGCUACUAGUACCACUGCGAAUACGUCGGCGAGCAUGGCGUCAGUCACUCCACCGGCUGAUGGUCUACGAAGGCUCGCGGCACUCGCGCCGAAGAGUCGGAAGUAUGGGGCCCGCGCUGUGAUUGUGAUGGGAGAGCCCGGAGCCGGGAAGAGUUCUCUUAUUCUGGCGAAUCAGGCGAAAUGGCGAGCACACGGACUAUGGGGGCAUGCGAAGUUUCAAGCGAGUAGCUCUACGCCAUUCUCGGCGUUACUAUCUUGCCUGUCUUCGAUCUUGCGACAGCUCCUCGUCUUCAGCAGCGACCUGUAUCGGUUCGUCACGCACCUCAAAGUCAAGCUCGGGCCGCAGCUGCAGAAUAUGCCCCUCCUGUAUUCGGGCGUCCCGGAGCUGAGGUACAUCCUCCGGCUGUACGACCUCGAGUUCGACACGCCACGUGAAGAACUCGCGGGCCAGGAAUUGCGGGCGAGGUUUCAGGCGUUGUUCACCGAGGUCUUCUCCGUCGUGGCGGACACUCGUUUGCUGGCCAUUUUUCUGGACGACAUCCACGAGGCAGAUGAUUCCUCUUUGGAAUUGAUCGGAACCCUGAUGAACUCUCGUAGUCGCUUGUUGGUCUUGACCACGCUCCGGACCGAUCAAUCUGCUACGGUGGAGAAAGUCAGAGAGCUCUUUAGCAGUCGUUCAAGGGUCACAUGGAUUCAACUGGAACCUCUGUCCUAUUCAGCAAUCGCCACGUUAGUUGCGAGGACGCUACACCGCCCGCUGGACGAGUGCUCCCCGUUGUCGCGCUUGAUACAUUCCAUAUCGCAUGGAAACGCGUUCUCUGCUCGAAACCUCCUACUCACACUAUUCAGACAACAUCACAUCACGUACGAUUCGGAUCGUAAUCACUGGAAGUUCGACUAUAGUACGAUAGAAGCCAGCUUCCUCAGCAAGGACAUUGCUGUAGACCCAUCUGACCCCGAGUUUCUUUCCGCGCACUUCAACGAGAUGUCAGCGGAUGCCCGGCGAUUCAUCAUAUGGGCAGCCCUCUUUGGAUCAUCUUUCAAGAUCACCGAGGUUGCGUUCAUGGUCGACUGGGAAGAUUCUUCGGGCUCAAGUGGGAGCGGCGAGGAGACCGAUGAUUGGAAUCUUUCGCAAGCUUUGACGUCUUCGCACGGCAAUGCUAGUGCGGUUUCGAUGCGGGGGCUUCACGAAGCCUUGUCCGCUGGUUGGCUUGUGCAGCGAGCCAGAGACAUGUGCGCGUUCGCUCACGACAGAUAUCGGCAAGCUGCCGAGGCCGAGGCUGCCAAACUCCCCGCGGAGGUAACCGAGAAGAUGUCAUUCAGGAUAGUGUUGAUGAUGCUCCACGACGCAUCCCCUGAUAUUUUCCGCGUGGCAGAGCAUGCCAAGCGCUGUCUCCAGUUGAUUAGGGAACACGAGGGCAAGCGAGAUGAACUCUUGACGUUGCUGCUGGAUGCAGGUGAUUCGGCCUUCGCGCGUGGUGCCCACGAGACCGCGUUGGAAAUCAUGCAAAACGCGAAGGCUCUCCUGCCAGACAAUUCCUGGGAGGUAGACUUCGCGCGGACACUUGCAGUUUGCACCAAGAUUGCCGAUCUUAUGACGUGGAAAGGGCUCUAUCCCGAAUCGGAUGCUGACCUUGACGAUUGCUUCCCGCAUGCGGUUCACCCGGAAGAUAAAGCGAAGAUCCUUCGGCUGAAAUCCCGUAAUCACUGGGCGCGGAACGACUAUGUGUCGGGUCUGCGUACGAUACUCCAUGCGCUGCAUAUCCUCGACAUCGAAAUCGAUUCGUCCCCAUCGCGCGAAGCGGCAGAUACAAUGUUUGAAAACGUCAGAAACGACAUACUUGCGAUCGGAUUUGAUGAUAUUCUUGCAAUACCUCGUGCGACGGACCCUGCGGUGGACUUGGCCGUUUCCCUCCUCGGAGAGGCAGGUGCUCAUGCCUACUGGAGUUUCGCAGAGGGCUUCUUGGAUGUCGUUGGCUUGACCGUGAUCCAGCUUGCGCUCAGAUCGGGUAUAUCACCUGGGACAUCACUAGGAUUCUUUUGGUCGCUCUCUGCCUGCGGGGAACGACGAGAUCUUUAUCGGUUUUCGUGUGACCUGGCCAAUCUCGGCUUGCAAAUCGCCGAUCGAUAUGGAGGUAAUUACGAGAAAUGUCGGUGUCGAACCCUAUAUGUCGCGAUGGUGGCCGGAUUCGGUCCGACACACCUGCGUACGGUUCUGCCUCGCCUGGAGGAGGCAGUCAAACUUGGUUACAGCGCUGGUGAUCGAGCAUAUACGGCAUUUUCUGCCCUCCACGUUAUACAGACUAGACUAUAUUUGGGGCAUCAUAUGGCUGACCUCGUACCUGCUGCGGAAGAGACCACCAGGGACAUAGCGUUCUGGACGGGUAGCCACGCGGACGCCAAUAUACUGGCACAGGGAACCUUAAACUGCAUUCGUGCGCUUGCAGGCUACACCUAUGGCCGGAAGGCUGCCAGCGCGUUUGACACGGACGAUUUCAAGGAGAGCGAUUUCCUCGCAUCUGCAACGGAACAAUGUGGAAAUAUCUCUCUUGCCCUGCAAUGGUACAACUCUAUGAAGGUUGUUGGUCUGUAUUGCUUGGGACAUAUGCAAGAAGCUGCCGACCUCGGUUUCUCUGUAUACCGAGACCGCAAUCUUCAUCCCAAUCAUCGUCACACUCGGUACAGCCUAUUCUUUCACAGCUUAGCAUUAAUCGCCUGUGUCCGCCGAGAACAACUUCCAGAGGAACAGCGUGCACAAUAUCUCACGCAGGUCGACGCAAACCAGGCAUAUAUCAAGAAGUGGUUACCCCCAAGUCCUGUAAACUGUGCGGCAUGGGUUGCUCUAGUCGAAGCGGAGCUUGCGUCUUUGUUCAACAGCACGGACGCAUUCCGGCUGUAUGACCAGGCAGUGAAAUUAGCAAUGGACACUGAUUGGCCACUGGAGGAAGGCUGGGCGCUGUACCUCCAAGGCUGUCAUUUCGUUCAAAGUGGUGUUGAGGGUCUGGGCACCGAGCUCAAACGACGAGGUAUGGCGCGACAUGCGCAAGCGGGAUGUAGAGGAAUCGUAGCCUACCUUUCCUCAUCCGCUGGGGACGAACCGGGUACUCCAUCGUCGUCGAAGCGCUCCGUAUUCACACGAGAGGUUUCUGUACAAACCGAGAGUGCUUACAUCCCUGCGAGCCCACAGACCAUCGAGGGGUCCAAAGGUGACGCUGGCGAGGACGAUGGUAUUGGAUCUUUGUCUGCUCAAGACCUGGCUUCAAUUCUCAAAUGGAGUAAAGACAUAUCAAGCGACAUCAACUUACCUUCUGCCCUUCAGCGGAUGACGGAAAUAGUGUCCGAGUGUUCUGGCGCCCAAUUCGCAUGCAUUGUUAUCGCGAGGGAGGCAGGGGAUUUCACAGUCGCUACUACAAUAUCACCCCCCGAGUUGUGUCAAGUAUACGAGAAUCCGCAGCCAGUGCGGUCGAUCGGGGAUCCAUUACGCAAAGCCGUUAUCCAGCACGCUUUGCAAGGCAAGGAACGUUUAUAUACGCAGGAUGCCUCAGAAGACCCACGUUUCGCCGCUGAAGCCUACCACAGUCCCGAUCGCGCUAUAAUCUGUCUCCCUAUACAGAGCAAUCGUGGUCAAACCUUUGGAACGAUCUAUGUUGCAUCUAGAUACACCUUUUCGCAGAAUACCUUCAAUCUCCUGGCUCUAUUUUCUGAGCAGGCCAGCAUCAGCGUUGCCAAUGCCCUCCUGUUUCGUUCUGUGCAAGCUGGGACACGGGAGAACCUCAAGAUGAUUGCGACGCAACGAGACGCACUUGAUGCCGCUCGUCGGAGUCGGGAGGACGCCCUGAAGGCAACGAAGAUCAAGAGCAAUUUCCUUGCCUCGAUGAGUCACGAACUGCGCACUCCGUUCAGCUCUUUCUACGGACUCCUGGAUAUCUUAGACGGCACGGAAUUAGCCCCCGCUCAAAGAGAAAUUGUCCAAACCGCAAAACAGUCGUGUGAUCUUCUGCUGAAGAUCAUCGACUCCAUCCUAGAUUAUAGCAAACUGGAAGCGUCAGCAUUGAAGCUUGAUCCUCGCGGCUUCCCUGUCGAAAAUCUAGUGGCUGAUUGUCUAGAGCUUCUUCUGCCUAGCGCCGCAAAGAAACUCGACCUGUCUUUCAAUAUCGAGCCGGAUGUACCCCCAUGGGUAAAAGCCGACGAUGCUCGGAUUCGACAAGUACUGAUGAACCUUAUUGGAAAUGCCGUCAAAUUCACCCCCAGUGGCUCCGUCAAAGUUACAUGCUCUGUCGACCCUACCCCUCUGCCAACUACAACUGACGUGGUCCUGAGAUUCACGAUACAGGACACUGGGAUUGGACUCUCGUCCAGCGACGCUGAAUUGCUAUUCAAACCCUUUCAGCAAGCCGAUAACUCUUCCACACGGAAAUUCGGCGGUACAGGCCUUGGGUUAUCCAUUUCCCGCCAACUGGUCAAGCUGCAAGGAGGGGCUAUUGGCGUGCAAUCUGAAGCUGGCAAAGGAUCGACCUUUUGGUUCACAAUUCCAAUCACCGUAUUUGAGUCUGAGGAGUCGAGAAAGAUGCUCGCUGAUCUGGAGGCAUUGAGGAUGCAACUAGUUCAGCCCCAUCCACCGAGAGUCCUCAUUAGUUCAUCAUCUGAAGCUACCCGGGCACAUCUGAGCACGCUUCUGAGCGGCUUUUUCAUCUCAACUGUAGAGUCAACUGAGGAAGCAGCUGUGCAGCUGUCGGACCGCAGCAUUAAUCAUCCGACCCUGGAUUUCGUCAUACUAGACGAGCAAUCAGACAAAGUAGUGGAUGAUCUGGCAUUGCUGCUCGGAUCUCAACGAAGCGGACCAUUCCAGGAUACCAAGAUCAUACAUUUGUAUACGCCGACAGCGGCAAGCAUCGCUGGCUCGUUUCAAGCUACUACGCCUGGUGUCGUGAAGAUGACGAAGCCGCCCCGGAAGGCUCGCCUCUUGCAAACGUUGGCUGGUCUCAAGAAUCUACCCAACAUCCUGCAGUCUCCAGGACCGGCCGCAAGCAGUACACCAACAGCACCAAACAACCUGGCGACUGCACGUAGGACGCUAUUCGGGAACGUCCUGGUAGCGGAAGAUAACCCCGUCGCGCAAAAUCUUCUCGUGAAGCAGCUGCAACGUCACGACCUUACCGUGUUUACCACGAAUAACGGGGAGGAGGCCAUAGCCGAAUGGGAAAGACACGAGCCUGGAUUCUUCAGUAUAGCUCUUUUCGACCACCACAUGCCAAUAUGCGAUGGUGUUGAGGCCGCCAAGCGACUCCGCCUGCUGGAGUCCAGUCGACGAGUUGAGAUUCUUCUUCCGAUCGUUGCCUUGAGCGCGGACUGUCAGGAGUCCACAAAACAGCUGUGUUUGAGUGCUGGGAUGAACGCCUUCCUCAGUAAACCCUUGAAGAAGACCGAUCUCUUGAUGCUGUUGUCCAGCUUUGGCGGCGUCCCGCCAACUCCAAGUAUCUCUGAUCCUGGUAGCUGA